AUGUUCGCCUGGCUACUAUUCUUCGCUGCCUCCUUCUUCGCUGUGGCAACAGCCCAAAAGCAUCCUGAUUUUCCUCAAUGGAACACGAUCAAUUGGGUUGUACCAAACAUAGGUGACAACAUCAUAUUGCAAUGCUAUGAUCCAAGCUUCUACCCCUUCAACAACAUGGACAGCAUUUUAAAAGUAACAUGGAUCACGCCGCAGUCCUCCGCAUACCUCCACUUGAAACCAGGUGAAACUAAGGAAGGUUGGAGUGUAAAUGAGAAGACAGAAAACUAUUCACUCGUCAUCAACAAGGAGAACAUGAACGUCCCCGACAGCGUCGUCGGGAUGUAUGUGUGCGCAGCUCUUGCAAAACUUCCCGAUAAUGAUACCCUAUACGCUUGGUAUUAUUUGCGUUGGGGACUGGGGCUCUACAGCCACGUACCUGCCAUGAAUCCCGGCGGCAUCGAACGGUAA